GAGCUGUCGGCUUCUUGUUUCCUGUUUUAAAUGGUAUUUUCAUAGCUUUUAAAGCGCGUUACUCGGUUUGUUUUCAUUCAUAGCGCUUUUGACAGUUGCUGUUGUGUACAUAAUUUAUAGUUUUGAACAUUUUUACUCGUAUGAAGCGCUUUUUCACCAAACAUUGGUGUUGCCUUUAGCCUCGUGGAAAAGUAAGUUGUUUUUGUGGCUAGCUGAGUUAAAGUAGGAGGAUGGCAGGAUUGUUACAACAGCCAGGAUACGAAGAGGAGAGGCUGCAGAGGAUGUCAGAGCUGUUGCCCUGCAGGGAGAUCCAGGCUGGGAUGUUGCUGUCUAUCAUGGGCCAGCCAGAGCAGUACUGCUACCCUUCACUCUUUAUCUUUGGUCAUCGAUCCUCAGGGAAGAGUUAUGUGAUUGACGUUUUAUUAAAGGAACUGGAGCUUCCUCAUGCCUCGGUCAGCUGUGUCGAGUGUGUUUCUGCCACAUUGCUGUUUGAAAAAGUGCUGCUGUCCUUCUUUGGCGUCGAUGCUGCCUCUCUGCUCCCUCGCAGUCCMUCCUUGUCUGACUUUGUACGCAUCUACAAGCAACAUUCCUCCCAGUUUCCUGCCAAGCAGACGCGAUACAUCAUAAUGGAAAAAGCUGAACUUCUCAGRGACGCUGAAGCCAACCUCCUCCCUGCUCUCCUCCGUCUUCAGGAACUGGUGGAGGACAACGUUACGGUCAUACUGCUUAGUGAAAUAGUUUGGGACACAUUCAGACCAAACACCGGCUGCUUUGAACCUCUCCUGCUCCAUUUCCCCGACUACAGUAAAGGUGAGCUGCAGCAGGUCCUGUCCAGGGACAGACAUCCUUCUUAUUCAGCAGAGUUUUACUCCUCUUACAUCAACAUCCUUCUGGGAGUCUUUUACUCGGUCUGUCGGGACCUCAGAGAGCUGCGACACCUGGCUGCUCUCAACUUUCCAAAGUUCUGUGAGCCUCUAGAAGCAGGAAAAGUGAAAGAGACCGACACACACAAGCUGUGGAAAAACAUCGAGCCUCAUCUGAAGAAAGCCAUGCAGACCGUUUACCUCCGAGAGGUGUCCAGUCUUCAGUGGGAACACAUGCAGCAGAUGGAGGAACAGGAAACCGGAGCUCUGAGAGGUUUGUCGGCUCACACUCACGUUGAACUUCCUUAUUAUUCCAAGUUUCUGCUGAUUGCUGCCUAUCUGGCUUCCUACAACCCUGCCCGCACAGAUAAACGCUUCUUUCUGAAGCAUCAUGGCAAAAUAAGAAAAACAAACUUCUUGAAGAAAAAUGAAAAGACGAGUAACCACCUUCUGGGGCCGAAGCCCUUUCCUCUGGACCGUUUGCUCGCCAUUUUCUACAGCGUUGUGGACAGCAGAGUCGCCCCGACCGCCAGCAUCUUCUCCCAGAUCUCCUCCUUGGUGACCUUACAGCUGCUGGUUCAGGUCAGCCACAGCGACCAGCUCGAUGCCCCAAAGUAUAAAUGUGCCGUUUCUCUGGACUUCAUUUCUGCCAUAUCCAGGACUGUGAACUUUGAUAUUGUGAAGUAUCUGUACGAUUUCCUGUGAGCCUGCGGUGCGUGGAGAAGAGUUGACACAUGCUGACGGCUGGAUUUAAAUUUCUAAACCUUGUCCGCCCACCCGUGUUUCCACACACUCACCAUCUCCAUUUAUAUCAAUCCUAUCAAAGACACGGUUUGUGAAUUCCUCUGCUGUUGCAUCCUGAUUUUCAUUCCCGUUGAUUGCACGGAUGGCCUGGAGGAGGAGGAGGAGAAAAUCAGCUUUUCYGCAUUGAGGACAAGUUUAAUGAAAAUGCACCGUGACGGGCGCGACUCUACCUUGAUGAUGUUCAGAAGCUCGUGCCGGUCGAUGCAGCCAUUUCCGUCCACGUCGUAGAGUUUGAAAUACCAGCGCAGCUUGUGCUCCAUCUUUCCUCGCAUCACCAGACUCAGAGCGGCCACAUACUCCAUGAAGUCUAUGUAGCCGUCCUGCAGAAAUGAGCAGCGAGAUCCAUGUCAGAACUGUGCCAAACCGCACUUUGUGACGUACAACUUACCUGCUCGGACAUUUUACAUUUUUAAUGAGGAAACAACGGGAUACUCCACAUCUGUUUUCCGUUCUUAAACCAAGACAGAGGAUUAUCUGUCUGUGUCACAAAGAGUCCUACCAUCAAAGCAUCGACUUAAAGAUAAUCUCUUUGUCCAAUCAAGCGCAGAGAUUACAGCGACCUUUUGUUGUACCAGGAAAGGAACAAAUAUAGCUUCUUCAAUGGGAAUCCUGCAAUGACGUAGUGCUCCCAAUUAAACUGAUCUGAGAGGAAAUUGGGACUUAACGUUUUCUAGUUUGUGGGAUUGAUUGAGUAAACAUGAACUCUGUUUUUUUGUGUUKUACUAAAUAAUUAAAACCAUCCAAUCAGAUGUUUUAACUUAAUAGAUAAUGUAAAUGUUUUAAUGAAUUAAUUAGCUGAUUAAAUUGUCUACAUUUUA